GUUCUUCCUUGUGAACAGUGCUAGAGAGCCGUGCCAUUCUGUGGAGACUCUGUUUGACAUUCCCUGGUGCUGCGCAAAUCAGCACCUCCCGCCUCGCCACCCGUCCUUCACCUGGACGCCUGCUAUCGUCGCGAGGACUGCUCUAUGAGCCGCUGACCCUUUUCACUGGACUGGCGUCAGUUAGCGGCAUCGCCCCUCCCAUAUCAAUCCUUCCGCCCUGGGAUCGUUCUUGCCUCCACUGAACAACAAUGGAGCAAGUACGACCUCAGCCUGCGGCUGCAGGUGGCCGCCGCCGUUCGAUAUUCACAGAGGUCGGUCUGAUCGAUGAGCACACGAUCAACACAAAACGUAGUCCGGCACCAAUCCUCAUCACUGAGCAAGCAUUGAGGCAGACACGACCAUCGAGAACAGUCAGAUUUCGCAGCAGGAACAGCGUGUUUGGUGGGAAAGAUGGCAUCGAAGAAGUCGAUGACGAGAGCGAUUGGGAGUCGGUGGACGAGGAGGACAAGGAAACACGACCGACCUCAACAACCUCAGUCACGCACACAAUCUCGAACUCGAAGCUCUACCGAGCAGGACUCUUCACCAUCGUGCUGGCCCUGAUGCUGCCAAUCAUCCAGAUGAUCUCGAUUGCGCCUCUCAGUGUAUACGGCAGCUCUAUCCCACGAGCUAGCAUCACAUCAGUAGCGGAACGAUCGACACUCGUAGAAAGGGCAGAUUCGCAGACCGACGUGUGCAAGCGUUGGAGUGGUCAGAGUGCUAUUGUCAACGGUACACUGUACAUGUACGGUUUCCGCACGACCACCGAUGCACAACAGAAGACCGACACAUGGACGAACGACUUCCUAAGUCUCGACUUGACCAAGUCAUGGCAAAUCUCCAACCCCUCCCUGACUGGCAUGCCUCAACCUAGCGGCCCGCCCGCCGUCUCGCUCGGCUAUCUCUACUCCUCGCACAACUCUCUCUGGCUCUACGGCGGUCAGUACUCGGACUCUCCCGCAGAGGAACCCGGGCCGAAUUCUAUCUGGGAAUACAACAUUGGCAGCAAGUCGUGGGUCGAGCACGCGGACCCGAAGAGCUCAGCUGGUACCAACGCUGAGGGCGACGGCCAAAGCAUACAACGAGCCGCUGAAGGUGCUGGAUUUGGAGUCACCGCUCUGGGCAGGGGAUGGUACUUCGGUGGGCAUCUGGAUGACUUCACGACUGAAGGCUGGAGCAACCAGAUUGCUCGUGUGUACCUGAAAAGUCUACUCGAGAUCACAUUCCCCGGACACAGCAACGAUGCAGUCGAAAGCCUGAAAGAUGGCAAGAAGGCUGAUAAGGAGCCCGUCUACAGAAACAUCACCACGGGUGGUAUCCAGGACACUGGUUCAUUCCCAGAGCGUGCUGACGGUAUUCUGACCUACGUCCCUGGGUUCGGUAAUGAAGGUCUUCUGAUAGGUUUUACUGGUGGUGAUAAUGACACCUUCGCGCAAAUGAACGUUAUUGAUGUGUACGAUAUCGCCGAAUCGAAGUGGUACAAGCAAAGUACCUCUGGAAAGAUGCCUCCUUAUCGCGUUAACUCCUGUGCCGUAGUAGGAGCUGCAGCAGACGGUUCGUCCUACAACAUAUAUAUGUUCGGUGGCCAGAACCUGCAGCCCUACGGCAACCAGACCCAGAAGGAUGAUAUGUGGAUCCUGUCUGUUCCCUCAUUCACCUGGAUCGAAGUCGACCAAGAUUCCCAAAGCGUUCCCCCCGCGCGCGCUGGCCACUCUUGCCACGUCUGGGAUGGCCAGAUGAUCAUGAUCGGUGGCUACGUUGGGCAAGAGCUUUCGUGCGACAGUCCUGGCAUGUACGUCUUCAACAUGUCCAGUCUGUCCUGGAGUGACCAAUUCACUUCGCUCACAGGAGGAAAGGCACUGCAAGACUACACCGGCGAGGGCAGUAUUGGAAAUCCUCUUGCUCAGCAAGCCAACCAGCGUGGCUUCAACACCAGCGCUGGUGUCGAAGGUUCGUACGGCUACCGAGUCCCAGAAGCUGUCCAGAAGGUCAUCGGUGGCAGUGCCCUUGGCGGCGCGACUCUCACUGCACCCGUUCAGACACCUACUGCCGGGCCUCUUGCAACUGGAAAGGCGAUGACCUAUACCGUCACUGGACCCAACGGCGCUUCGUAUACCGAGAUUGUUACUUCGAGCGGCUCAGCGAACGGUGACUCUGGGCCCAACGUUGCCGCCAUAGUCGCUGGAGUAGUUGCAGGUGUCUUCGCCGUGAUUGCGGCCUACUUCGCCUUCUGUGCAUGGAUCUACCGCAAGCAAGUCGCGAUCUGGAAGAAGCAUGCCGCAAUGGUCACCGCAGCCGCCGAGAAGCGCGACAACACUUUCACCAGCAGCAAAAUCUCCAGCGAGCGCGCUCCAGGCACAAUGGCUGGCAGCACCGCUGGCGGCGCCGCAGCAGGCAGCUUCGACAUUCAGCGUGGUAGUGGCGAGAACACAAGCUAUGGCGGUGCCGGCGCGAUGAACUGGGAACGGAGGAGUAGCGUAGGAAGCGUCACAGAAGACUUGCUAGACGGGCAAGAACCGAGUUUCUGGGGUACGAGAGGUGUGUUGCUCAACCCGCGGAGGAGUUUGCGUGUUAUAAACAGGGAUUGAGGUGUGUCUGUACUAUAUACCCAGCUGUAAGUUUUCAAUCGUUCGACCUAAGCAAAGCAUGGUAUUUGGUGGUGGAUAGAAACAUAAUGGGUUAUUUGACGUCGCAUACAUACAGACGACCUAGUAAUGAUAAUGAUCAGAAGUACGUUUGGUUAUUUGAUGGAUUCAUG